AUGGAUAUCCGCGUACUACGACCAUCGGACAUUCCCCAUGUCCAGCUCGCCAAUAUUACCAAUUUGCCCGAGAACUACUUUUGCAAGUACUACUUGUAUCAUGCCAUGAGCUGGCCGCAGUUGAGCUACGUAGCUGUUGAUGUCUCGCGUCCCCCAAAGACGCCCUACGAUCCCCCAAAGAUUGUCGGCUACGUGCUUGCCAAGAUGGAAGAAGAGCCCACCGACGGCGUUCAACACGGCCACAUCACCUCUCUCUCUGUAAUGCGCACGCACCGGCGUCUCGGCCUGGCCGAAAAGCUGAUGCGUCAAUCCCAGCGCGCCAUGGCGGAGACUUUUAAUGCACACUACGUCUCCCUACACGUUCGCGUGUCCAACAAUGCGGCGCUGCAUCUCUACCGCGAGACGCUCGGCUUCACCGUCGAUAAGAUCGAGGCGAAGUAUUAUGCAGAUGGCGAGGAUGCGUAUAGUAUGAGAAUCGAGCUGGCAGACCUCAAGGAGCAGUUGCGAGACGAAGAGGAAGAAAUCUUUGGGAGCAGCGAGGGUGUGGAUGAAGGAGAUGCUGUGGGUGAUGAGGGCCAGGAGAAGAAGAAGGCGGAGAAGAAGACAAAGGUCAAGGUGGGAAGGAAUAAGGGUGUUGUCGAUCUUGUAGAGAGGGUGGAGGCGCCAAAGGGUGAAGCGACUGCUGCUUAA